GUGACCCCUCAUAUAAAUACACCCCGUGGCUCCUUUCACCCAAAAUUUCUCAAUUCUCAUUGUGUGGUCUUCUUUCUACAUAAUAAUUCUCCAUCAAAUCCUCUGUUUUACACCUGUUUAAUCCUUCAUUAUGGCAGUUAAGUUUGAGACGGUUAUGAUGGUUCUAGUCGUGUAAUGCUCUUUGUAUCUUUCUUUAAAUGGGCUGCUUUCAAUCUACCGUAAGAAAGCCGGUUCCUGGGCACGAGAACCCGACUAUUCUCGCUUCUCAAACAGCCUUUAGUGUCAGUGAAGUUGAAGCUCUAUUUGAGCUAUUCAAGAGCAUAAGUAGUUCUGUAAUCGACGAUGGAUUAAUUAAUAAGGAAGAAUUCCAACUAGCUUUGUUCAAAAACCGUAAGAAAGAGAAUCUAUUUGCGAACAGGAUAUUUGAUCUUUUCGAUGUGAAGCAUAAGGGGGUUAUUGAUUUCGGCGACUUUGUUAGAGCACUUAAUGUUUUCCAUCCUAAUGCCCCUCAAGAAGACAAAAUUAGUUUUUGUUUCAAGCUUUACGAUAUGGAUGGAACAGGAUUCAUAGAGCGUCAUGAGGUUAAGCAAAUGUUAAUCGCACUUUUAUGCGAGUCUGAGCUGAAGCUGGCUGAUGAAACCAUUGAGAUAAUACUUGAUAAGACGUUUUCAGAAGCGGAUGUAGACAAGGAUGGCAAGAUAGACAAAUCAGAGUGGCAUAAUUUUGUCACCCAAAACCCUUCAUUGCUCAAGAUAAUGACUCUUCCGUAUCUAAGGGAUAUCACAACAACUUUCCCAAGCUUUGUGUUCAAUUCCGAAGUUGAAGAGAUUGCUACAUGAUGAGAAUGGAUUGCGCGCAAUAGUGUUUUAUUGAUUGGUCUUGUUUUCUUUUUAAUCGGUUCAUGUGUUGAAGAUCGGCUAGAAUUGUUUGUACCUUCUUAUGUUGCCCAGUUUUGGUUUGGCUUUCAUGAGGAGCAACAACAUUAGGGUUUAUGAUGCUCAAAAUGUUUUUUUUUUUUCUUCUUCUUCUUAAUUUCUUAUUUUUAUCAAAUCGUGAUCGAUGUUUCAUUAUAUGUUGUUUUGAUAUGAUUUCGAUCUAUUUAGAUAUGUCAUGAUUGAUAGAAGAAAUGAUAUUGUGUAAAUUAAGUUGGA